ACCUGUGAUCCGUGAUCGUCCAGGACCCUUGUCACUCGGUUCCCACUGAGCCGACCUAGGGCUCCAGCUUGGGCCCUGCUGCGCGCCAUGGCCACCCGGACCAACCCUGAUCCCAGCUCGGGAUUUGGAGCCCUGCCUCCCUUCCCUGUCCCUACGUGACAGUCUCCACUAACUUCUGCCUGGGAACUCCACUCUGCACCUUGUCUUGGCCCAGGGCGACCUCGGCAGCUCUAACAGCGAAGACCCCGCAGAGUGCCCGUAAAGGGUUCCUUCGGGGGUGGUCAGAGCCUCCCUGGCUCCUUCUAGAUUGGAGGCACCUCCGGAAGGAGCUCUGGCUGAACAGUGGCCUUCACCUUGUAGCCACUGGUGACCACACCUCCCCUAGCGCAGAGGCUGCUGCUGGCGGCAGCGGCGGGAAAUGCUGUUCCAGCCUGCUCCCCGGGACCCUGGUGUGACUGCCAGGAUGGAGCUGGGUCCCACAACAGAGACCUUUGUGUUGGAGCUGCGAUGUCUUGAGGAUGGGGGUCCAGGGCCUGACACCCUCUCAGGUAGCAGUGGUGGGAGUGAGAGCCAGGAGGAGGAGGAGGCUCAGGAGGGGAGCAGCAGCCCACGGCCGUCAGCACUUGCAGCCCCAGUGGGGCCCAGUGACAGCAUCGAGGCAGUGCAGCCGGGACAACAGGACUUGCACCUGCAACAGUUAGAGCAGCAGCCUCCUCAUCAACUGUUAGGAUCUCAGCCAGAACUGCAGCAGCAACAAGAUGGACAGCUGCUGCCAUCCCAGCUGCAGCAGGAACUCCAGGAAAACCUCCAGUCUGAGCAUCAUCAGGGGCCGAAACCACAGCUGCAGCUGGUGCAGCAUAUGGGACUUGGUCAGGAGCAACAGUUGCUGCAGCAGCAGCUGGUGAUGAUGAUGAAACCCCAAGGCCAAGAGCAACAGCUGUUACGACAGCAGCAGGAACAGCUGCAACAGCAGCAGCAAGUUCAGCAACAGCAACUUGUGCAGCAGCAAGUACAAGAACCCGCAUCAUUGCAGCAAAGAGUAGAAGAACAGGCUUUACUGCAGCAGCAGCAGCCAUUACAGCAGCCAAUGCAAGAGCAACCACAGUCACCACAGCUUCUCCAACAGCAACAACUACUACAACAGCAGGGACAAUUGCUGCUGCAGCAGUUGCAGCAGUAUGUACAAGAACAAGCAUUGCAGCAGCAAUUACAACAGGUGCAAGGGCAACAGCUGUUGCAGCAGCAUCAACAGGAGCAGUUACAGCAGCAGCUGCUUCAACAGCAGCAACUGUUGCAACAGCAGGGGCAAUUGCAGCAGCAAGUAUUGUUGCUGCAACCACAGGGAGAGCUAGAGGAGCAGCUGUUGCUGCAGCAGCAGGCCCAGAUACAGCACCAACUAUUGCUGCAGCAAGAGCAGUUGCAACAGCAACAGUUGUUGCAACAGCAGCAGGAACAGCUGCAGUACUACCAGCAGCUGCAGCCUCCUCCACUGGAGCCAGAGGACGAGGCAGAGGUGGAACUGGAGCUCAUGCCAGUGGACACCGGGUCAGAGCAGGAGCUGGAGAGGCUGCAGGAAGAGCGGCAGCUGCAGCUAAAACUGCAGGAGCAGCUGCAUCAGCUGGAGCGGCACCUGGAGCAACAGCAUCUGCUGGAGCAGUUGCAGCAGCAGCAGCUGGAGCAACAGGAGGUGCACCUGGAGCUGACCCCGGUGGAGCUGGGCGUCCAGCAGGAGGGGCUGCCGCUGGAGCUGACCUCUGUGCCUCCAGAGCUGCAGCUGGAGCUGGUGCCCGCUCCGGGAGGUGGUGCAGAGCCAGAUCCAGCCACUGUCGUGGUGGCACCUCCAGGCUAUGUGGUACUGCAAGAGCUCAUGGUGCUGCCCACUGUGGCCACAUCCACUGUGGUGGCCAUCCCGGGCCCCGCCGGGAGUGCGUCUCGGACGCCCAAGAAGCAGCGGAGGAAGCGACGCAGGGACAGGCCAACCAUCUGCGGGGAGUGUGGCAGGGGUUUUAGUCGCAGCACAGACCUGGUACGACACCAGGCCACACACACUGGAGAGAGGCCUUAUCUCUGCAGCGAGUGCGGCAAGAGUUUCUCUCAGCACUCCAACCUGGUGACACAUCAGCGCAUCCACACUGGAGAGAAGCCCUAUGCCUGCACCUUCUGCUCCAAGUGCUUCAGCGAGAGCUCGGCGCUUGUGCAGCACCAGCGCACCCAUACUGGCGAGCGGCCCUACGUCUGCGGAGACUGCGGCAUGUGCUUCAGCGUCUCCUCCAACCUGCUGCGCCACCGCCGCCGCGCCCACUCGGAUAUGCGUCCCUACGUCUGCCAGGACUGCGGAGAGAGCUUUCGGCACAAGGUGCAGAUCCGCAAGCAUGAGCGCCAGCUGCACGGGGCAGGCCGCUCCCGAGGUCUGGGCCUGUUGAGGUCCUCCAGGUCCUCCAGAUCCUCCAGGUCAGCGUCCUCGAGAGCCUCCACAAGGGCCCAUCAGGCCUCUGCAUCUGGGAAGCCCUGAGUGGUGUCAGAGCCAUCAACACCUGGACCCUAGGUCAUGGUCUUAGCCCCAGUGUGAGGUCUUUCUGGGUAUCUGAAUUAUCGCUGGGAAAGGAAGACUUCCAUCUUUUCCCAGACCUGCCCCUACUAUGCGCCAAGCUCACAGAUUCACUCUUCCCCUAAAGCCACGAGCAAGAGAACAUCUCCAUGUGGGUGGCAGAGACUGCCCAAUCCCCCCACCUCCCUCUUCCUGGGAAAACUGGACUGAGAACUCACCUGGUGGCAAACAACUCAUGGGGUUGGAUACGACCAAACACUAACCAGCAAAUGAAAUAUGCGUGGCGUGUGUGAACUGGGGAUUGGAUGGCUCGUUCUAAAUACUUGAAGGAACCAAAAAGGGGGCAGAUGGUGCGACUGGGCCAGUAGCCUGCUUGCCCAGCACAAAGCCCUGGGUUCCUCUUCAAGCAUCCUAUCAACAUAACCCAGCACUUGGGAGGUAGAGGCUGGAGGAUCAGAUGUUCCAGGUCAUCUUCAGCCAUAUAAUGAGUUGGAUCGCCUGGGUCACCUGAGACCCUGCCUCAAAAAAGGAAAGAAAGGAAAGGACAGGACAGGACAGGAGAGUGGCCUGCACAAUGCAGUGAACUUGGACAAGGCAAUGGAUUGUUGUAAGUGACAUAAACCUUGAAAAUACUUGGAAUGAAAAGCUGAAGGGCCGAGGUAGUUCUGGUGUAAAUGCCUGUGCUCAUAGACACAGGGUCACAGGGGCAUUGGGGUCAAUGUGCCAAUAAAAGCCAAGAAGUCCUGCUGUGGGUGGAAAGUCAAAGCUUCCUUCCUCAGGAGUCCAGACUACAGGCAUUAAAAGCAGAUUCUGGGCCAUCGCUGCAAUGUUCCCAAGCCAUCUGUACCUCCUUACUGUCCCCUGGUAUAAGAGCUUGUGGCUGAGGCAGAGAUUUCCAAGAAGGAAAGAGCCUGGAAAAAACUUCUGGGCAGCCCCUACCUAGCCAAAGCUGCUUAGAUGCUGCCCAAGUGGUCAGCACUGUUUGACCCAAGAACCACAAUCUCCGGGCCAGGCUAUGGGGAGGGGUGGCCAGAGGAGACCUUAGUUCCUGGCUAGGGUGUGAGAUGAAUGAUGGGGACAAGAACCGGGGGUAUCAGAAAGGCUGUCAACCAUGUUUACUAAAUCAUGUAGGGCAAGGACUGUGAGCAGAGCAUCAUGUGGGAAGGUGGGCGGGUGGAGGAGGCCUCUCUGGCCCCUGCCACUCCCUGCCCCACUUGACCUGACAGCCCACUGUGGCUGCUUAGUCCCUGCCCUUUCUCUUCCCUCCCUCCUGCUUCUCCCUUACUAGUACAGCCUGACAAAUUUUAUACAAGUGAGAAACAGAACAUGGAAAAUAAAGUGAAGAAUACCAUG